GGACCAUGGAUAGAAAUCGCACAUGCUAGCCAGCUGUUGCCGCCGCUAGCAUGAUACUGUAGCCAACCAGUACAGUACAGCUCAAACCUUUUGCCGUUUACCCUGCAUUUUGACGUUUUGCACGCUUGAACCGAUUCCCUUCCUUGCUUCCAAUGGCUACACAGCUGCAGCUUUGCUACGGGAAGGUCCCGCUCUACCUGCGCUUCGGCGGCAUUUUUGGACUGCUCUCCUUGGCGGCGGUGGGGCCUGGUCGCUGGGCCACCUUCGGACGUGCGGUGGUGCUCCUGGUGCUGCUGCGCCGUUGGUGGAAGUGCUUUUUUCGCUGGCCCAGCCGGGUCUUGGUUUGGAAAGAACGGCCGCUGGAACCUUCCGUGGAGGGACUCCACAAGCGCUUCGUGGAGCUUUACCUUCCAGAUGCCGAAAAAGGCGAAGGUGGGGAGUACGCCGUGCUGGGUGCGCAGAAGAAGCUUCAGAUCUCGGGGCAGACCUUGGCCUUCUGGGAUGUGGGUCCAAGGGAUGCGAAAGAUGCGGUCUUGGUCUGCAACGGCCUGGGCGCUCGGGUCAUGACCUGGGCGCCGCUGCUCACGGCGCUGCGCAACACCUCGGCCAGCUGGGCCCAGCGCAGGCUGGUCAUUUUCGAUUACCGGGGGCAGUUUGACAGCGUGCCCUUGCAGGGGGAGAUUUCAGUGGAGCGCAGUGCGAAGGAUGCGGCUGAAUUGGCCGAUCAUUUGAAGCUGAAGCGCUGCAUCCUGCUCUGCUGGUCUACGGGUGUGCAGAUCGGCUUGCAGCUGGCGCUGGACCGCCCGGACCUCGUCGCUGCCAUGGUCCUCAUCCAAGGCACGACCGGCGAGGCCAUGAAAGCGCUGCUGCAGCCCCUCUGCCAGGUUCCAGGUGUGCCCUCCUUGCUGGACUUUGGCCUGCAAAUGGCGCCGCGUUUGCUGAAAAGCCAUCGACAGAUGAUGCACGGCGCACUGGUCAGGCAUCGGAGUGCCUUCGAGCGGCUGGGAAGCUGCCUUCUUUGGUUCUUUGGCAGUGACCUCAUCGCUGCAGCAGGCGUGCGAUACACCCAGGAUAUGUUACAAUCGGACGAGCACUUUGUGAACUAUUGCCGCUAUGCUUUGGCGCUGGGUAGACACAAAAUUUUCUCCCGCCUCCCUGACAUCAAAGCGCCUGCCUUCGUAGUGACAGGAACUCCGGAUUUCAUUACACCAGCUCGGUGUAGCUAUGACAUGGCAGUGCAGCUGGGUGGGCCCACCAACCUCUUGGUGAAGGACUCGACCAGACCGAGCUGAUACGCGUUGAGUGGGCGAUCAUGUUGAGAGGAUGACUUGGGUGGCUCCCAUUACUACAUCUAUGAGGAGCCGCAGAAGCUGGCCCAAGAGAUGGCCCAGUUUCUGGAGCGCUGUGCUCCAGUGAAGGCUUAGCGACCCAAGAAGGAGGUUUCGGAUUUUUCCUGAGUGAAGACUGGAAGCCGAUGUUCUUUCCAUCUCUCGCUCGUCCCGGACGCCGUGUCUGGCUGAACCUGGCCUGUAGCCUGACGACCUGUAGCUUGAAGAGCUGCAUGUCGCGGUCCGUGAUGUGUGACGAAGCCUUUCGAAAAA